AUGCUCUAUCGGGAAUGCUUGCUUGUCAUCAAGGUGUAUAAAUAUGUCUCACCAAGUUUGAACUUUUGUUUUACCAAUCGACAGACACUACGGAACAUGAAAACUCCUUCAGUUUACGCAGUGCUUCUUGCCUUCGUUAUCGGUAUAUAUCCGGCGGCUGCAUGCUUCGGGGCUUUAUUCUCCGUCGUGCAUGGUUUGAUUGAUGUUAAAAAGAAAUUGCUUUUGGGUGGUCUCCUGGGUGGAGGCUCUAGUGGGGGCUCCGGCUCGUGCUCGAGCGGAAACUGUGGUUCCACGCCAAGCUGUUCGGGUGACGACUGUGGACCUGCUCCAAGCGGUGCCAUGGGUGGCAGUGGAGGAUGUGCUGUCAACACUAUUAUUAAGUGUGGUACUGACAUUGAAAUUAGUGCAAGAGACGACAAUGAAAAGAGAACUUUGGGCUUGUUUCCUAAAGCUAUUUUGGCAAUUUCUGAUGUUACAAAAUAUGCUAAUGGCUUCUACGAGGUCAUGUGUAACUUCCAGAUGGACAAGUACAAUGAAAUUAUCAAUUUGAUUCCUAUCAGUAUGAUUUCGUCUCUCACCUUCACAGGUACCGGUACAAUGGACUACCCAUUGAUCCAGGGUGACGAUACCAAUAUCGAAAACUGGGCACAAUGGAGUACUCCUAUAGUCGUUAAACCAGAAAUCAUCAACGGCAAGUGCUGCUUGCCAAGAUCUUUGGCACUUAACAUUGAUAUGAACCUGGAUUCCGCUUCUGGGUGGAAAGAAGUUUUCCCUAUGCAAUUUGCUUGGAAGAACCAAGGCAGCACUGAUUCCUGUAAGGUUCUUACUAGUGCUGGACAGCUUAUGGGUUCUUCUUCUCACAAGAGAGAAGAUUCACCAGAAUUCCUUGCAAAGGAAGUACUCGGUCCUCAUCAGAAGAGAGGAUUUUUGCACUUCAAAUCCAAGGCCAAGCUUUUUGAACUGAUGGGAACACAGAAGGCCGAAUUCAACCAAUACUGUUGGGAAUGUUCAUGUUCAGGUGGUCCACCAGGCUCGGGCUCUGGAUCAGGCAAUGGCUCAGGCAAUGGCUCGGGUAACGGCUCAGGCAACGGCUCAGGUAAUGGCUCCGGCUCUGGAUCUCCAGGAUCACCAGGAUCUCCAGGUGCAUCAGGUGCUCCAGGUGCCCCAGGUGCUCCAGGUCCAGCAGGUCCAGCAGGUCCAGCGGGCCCAGCAGGCCCAGCAGGCCCAUCAGGCCCAGCGGGAUCUCCAGGUUCCCCAGGUUCCCCAGGUGCUUCCGGUUCUCCAGAAUCUCCAGGAUCUCCAGGUUCCCCAGGUGCUUCCGGUGCUCCAGGCUCUCCAGGAUCUCCAGGCUCUCCAAGCUCUCCAAGUGGUGCUCCAGGCUCUCCAGGCUCUCCAGGCUCCCCAGGUGCUUCCGGUUCUCCAGGUUCUCCAGGUUCUCCAGGCUCUCCAGGUUCCCCAGGUGCUUCCGGUGCUCCAGGUUCUCCAGGUUCUCCAGGCUCUCCAGGUUCCCCAGGUGCUUCCGGUGCUCCAGGUUCUCCAGGUUCUCCAGGCUCUCCAGGCUCUCCAGGCUCUCCAGGCUCUCCAAGCUCUCCAAGUGGUUCUCCAGGUUCUCCAGGUUCCCCAGGUGCUUCCGGUUCUCCAGGUUCCCCAGGCUCUCCAGGCUCUCCAGGAUCACCAAGCUCUCCAGGUUCGUCUGAGUCUGGUUCUCCAGGCUCUCCAGGUUCCCCAGGUGCUUCCGGUUCUCCAGGUUCUCCAGGUUCUCCAGGUUCUCCAGGCUCUCCAAGCUCUCCAAGUGGUUCUCCAGGAUCUCCAAGCUCUCCAGGCUCCCCAGGUGCUUCCGGUUCUCCAGGAUCUCCAGGAUCUCCAGGUUCCCCAGGUGCUUCCGGUGCUCCAGGCUCUCCAGGCUCUCCAGGCUCUCCAGGCUCCCCAGGCUCUCCAGGCUCCCCAGGUGCUUCCGGUUCUCCAGGUUCUCCAGGUUCUCCAGGUUCUCCAAGCUCUCCAAGUGGAUCUCCAGGUUCUCCAAGCUCUCCAAGCUCUCCAGGUGCUUCCGGAUCUCCAGGAUCUCCAGGAUCUCCAGGUUCCCCUGGUGCCUCCGGUUCUCCAGGCUCCCCAGGUUCUCCAGGUUCUCCAAGCUCUCCAAGUGGAUCUCCAGGUUCUCCAAGCUCUCCAAGCUCUCCAGGUGCUUCCGGAUCUCCAGGAUCUCCAGGAUCUCCAGGUUCCCCUGGUGCCUCCGGUUCUCCAGGCUCCCCAGGUUCUCCAGGUUCUCCAAGCUCUCCAAGUGGAUCUCCAGGUUCUCCAAGCUCUCCAAGCUCUCCAGGUGCUUCCGGAUCUCCAGGAUCUCCAGGAUCUCCAGGUUCCCCUGGUGCUUCCGGUGCUCCAGGUGCUCCAGGUUCCCCAGGCUCUCCAGGCUCUCCAGGGUCACCAAGCUCUCCAGGUUCAUCUGAGUCUGGUUCUCCAAGCUCUCCAAGCGCUUCUGAGUCUGGUUCUCCAAGCUCUCCAAGCGCUUCUGAGUCUGGUUCUCCUGGUUCUUCAGGUUCUCCAGGUUCUCCAGGUUCUCCAGGUUCUCCAGGUUCUCCAGGUUCUUCAGCAUCAGGCUCAGGCUCAGGAUCAGGCUCAGGCUCAGGCUCAGGCUCGGCAAACUCUGGUCCAGGCUCAGGAUCGUCUGCCUCCGGAUCAGGAUCAGGAUCAGGAUCAGGAUCAGGGUCAGGGUCAGCCAAAUCCGGCCCUGGCGGCUCUAGCUCUGGCUCAGGUUCAGGUUCCGGAUCCGGUUCUGGAUCAGGCUCUGCUUCUUCUGGAGGUUCCCCUAAUGAAUCUCCAUGUGAAGUGUGCGCUGAAAUGGAAAAGGAGAGAGAGAGAGAGUAA